GAAGAGGCAAGGAAAGAACGUCAAACGUGCAGCGCUGACCGAGGAGCCUAGCCGAGGAGAAAUCAGAGGAAAAUAUGAAAAUGUGUACGGACUGAAAAUGCUGAAGGAUCUUUAUGUUGGGAAAUGGAAUUCUGAAACGAAUCAAAGUAAUACCCUAUAAGGAUAUCUGCAAGUACUAUUUACAACUGAAAGUAAAGUGCACAGAAAUAUUGUCUCCAGCUUUUUUCUAAAGAAAAUACCGGGAAUGGAAUGGGGGAUUUGCAUCUCGCCAAGGCAGCAGGUACGGGAUGGAAGAUCUGACGAGAGGAGGAGAGGACAGUGAAUGAAGGAACUACGCCACUUAUUAUUUUGUACUUUUCUGUUUUAUCUGCUCAGACUGAUGAGUGGAUCUAAGGGUGCUGGACUGUUGGGCUGAGAGACGGGAUUACAGGACGAAGGGAAGGGAAGACUGGGGAAGACAGGGAGAGGAAAGGGAAGACAGGGGAAGACAGGGGAAGGGAAGGCUGUGUGAGACCAGGGGAGGAGACCCGACGUGUAUGUUGGUCACUUGCAGUCGUUGCUGAGACUCACUCAGACGGACCAUGUGGUUUUCGCCAAGGAGAAACCGUCUCCUCUCCUGUCAGCAGCAGGACCAUGGAGACUGGCAUGGUGCCCACAUACCCAGCUCCUUCUCCAGCCUCAGCAUCACCGCGUCCUUCUGGAUCUUAACUUUUUCCUGGUGCUUGGAGGCCGUCCGAGGCCAGGUCUACCACCCCACUGUGAACACGCAGUAUGGGAAACUCCGGGGGGUGAGAGUGCCCCUACCCAGCGAGAUACUGGGACCAGUGGACCAGUAUUUGGGGGUCCCAUAUGCAGCCUCCCCAGUGGGGGAGAAACGCUUCCUGCCCCCCGAGCCGCCCUCCUCCUGGUCGGGGAUAAAGAACGCCACCCACUUUGCCCCCGUGUGCCCCCAGAAUAUUCACAACGCCGUGCCAGAGAUCAUGAUGCCCAUAUGGUUCUCGUUCAGCCUGGAUAUAGUGGCCUCUUACAUACAGGAUCAAAACGAGGACUGUUUGUAUCUAAACAUCUACGUUCCAACGGAGGAUGUCAAAAGAAUAUCCAAGGAAUGUGCCAGGAAACCCAACAAGAAAAUGUGUAGAAAAGGAGGGGCACAUGCCAAAAAACAGACCGAGGACUUAUCGGGUAACGAUGGCGAUGAAGACGAAGACAUACGAGACACCGGGGCCAAACCGGUGAUGGUGUACAUCCACGGGGGAUCCUACAUGGAGGGGACCGGGAAUAUGAUCGACGGGAGCAUCCUGGCCAGCUACGGGAACGUCAUCGUGAUCACCCUCAACUACCGCGUCGGAGUACUAGGGUUCCUGUCUACAGGGGACCAGGCAGCUAAGGGGAACUACGGCCUACUGGACCAGAUCCAGGCUCUGAGGUGGAUCAGUGAGAACAUUGGAUACUUCGGAGGAGACUCCAACCGUAUCACAGUGUUCGGAUCUGGGAUAGGAGCGUCCUGCGUCAGCCUGCUCACCCUCUCACACCACUCUGAAGGUCUGUUCCACCGUGCCAUCAUCCAGAGUGGCUCAGCCCUGUCCAGCUGGGCGGUCAACUACCAGCCUGUGAAGUACACCCGUCUGCUGUCUGAGAAGGUGGGCUGUAACGUUCUGGAUACCCUGGACAUGGUGGACUGUCUGAGGAAGAAGAGCGCCAGGGAGCUGGUGCAGCAGGACAUCCAGCCAGCACGCUACCAUGUAGCCUUCGGACCGGUUAUAGAUGGAGACGUCAUACCUGAUGAUCCAGAGAUCCUCAUGGAGCAGGGAGAGUUCCUGAAUUAUGACAUCAUGCUGGGAGUCAACCAGGGGGAGGGGCUUCGCUUCGUGGACAACGUGGUCGACUCAGAGGACGGCAUCUCCGGCAAUGACUUUGACUUUUCCGUGUCGGACUUCGUUGACAGCCUCUACGGUUACCCAGAAGGCAAAGACACUCUGAGGGAGACCAUCAAGUUCAUGUACACGGACUGGGCAGACCGCGACAACCCCGAGACACGACGCAAGACGCUGGUCGCUCUGUUCACCGACCACCAGUGGGUGGAGCCGUCGGUGGUGACGGCGGACCUCCAUGCCCGUUACGGCUCGCCAACGUACUUCUACGCCUUCUACCACCACUGCCAGAGUCUGAUGAAGCCGGCCUGGUCGGACGCAGCCCACGGGGACGAGGUACCCUACGUGUUCGGGAUCCCCAUGAUCGGACCCACAGACCUGUUCCCCUGUAACUUCUCCAAGAACGACAUCAUGCUCAGUGCUGUGGUGAUGACCUACUGGACUAACUUCGCCAAGACUGGGGACCCCAACAAGCCUGUUCCUCAGGACACUAAGUUCAUCCACACCAAGGCUAACCGCUUCGAGGAGGUAGCCUGGUCUAAGUACAACCCCCAGGACCAGCUGUACCUCCAUAUCGGCCUGAAGCCCCGCGUCAGAGACCACUACAGAGCCACCAAGGUGGCCUUCUGGAAACACCUGGUGCCCCACCUGUAUAACCUCCACGACAUGUUCCACUACACCUCUACCACCACCAAGGUCCCCCCGUCAGAGACGACCCAGAACGCCCUGUCCACUAAGAAGACGUGGCCCUUCAACACCAAGCGGCCCCCCAUGUCCCCGGCCUACAACAACGAGGAUAAUGAGGCGUGGAACGGAGACGAGGAGACCGGCCCGCUGGUCGUAGAGAACCCCAGGGACUACUCCACGGAGCUCAGCGUCACCAUCGCCGUGGGAGCCUCGCUGCUCUUCCUCAACGUUCUAGCCUUCGCAGCGCUUUACUACCGGAAGGAUAAACGGAGGGAGGCUUCGAGAGGUCGCCGCGGUCAACCCAGCCCACAGACCCGUCACGGCCAGGCUACAUCCAACGACAUCGGCCACCACCAGGGCCCCAACGAGGAGGAGAUCAUGUCCCUGCAGAUCAACCAGACGCACCACGAGUGUGAGGCGAUGGGGGUGGGGAACCCAGGCAAUGACGGGGGGUUGCGUCUGGCCUCGCUUCCCGACUACACCCUGACCCUGCGGAGGUCACCGGAUGACAUCCCUCUGAUGACCCCCAAUACCAUCACCAUGAUCCCAAACUCUCUGGUGGGGAUGCCCAACCUGCACCCCUACAACACUUUCACAGCUGGGUUCAACUCCACCGGCCUGCCCCACUCCCACUCCACCACCCGUGUAUAGCUUUAAGGAGGAGAGGGUGAUGGUGGAGGAGAGGAGAGGGUGAUGGUGGAGGAGAGGAGAGGGUGAUGGAGGAGGAGAAGAGGAUUCUGUUUUAUAAAUAUCACAGGGAAGGGGAAGGCAGGAAUAAAAAUAAAAUAGAUUUAUCUAGACUUUUACUACCAAGAGGACAGAGAGUGGCUGAGAGGAGACGAGAGCUCUCUGCUUUCUGUGUGGAUGUCAAGUUGUGAAGAGCUGCCAAAAUCAAACUGCUACUCCUCCCUCCCUUGAUUGGAUGGGGCUGAGGAGGGAGGGGUCCAUUCUGCUGUGUUUUUCUUCUAAUAAUCAUUUUAAAAGCCUUUUUAAGCAGACUGACAGGGGAGAUUAUCAACACUUUGUUCUUGAAUUCAUAACACCAAGAGGAAAGUGUUUUGUCUUCCUCCUCUUCCUGAGGGAGACAGAACAGACGUUUCAAACAAAGGCCUCUACCAGGAAAUCGGCAUAAUGUUAGUAG